CGGAUGCAGGUGCGUCGGCAACGCAUCAGCGCCCGCUUGCCGGCCCUGGGGGGUUUAUAGCCACCCCGCGCCUCUGCCCCGGCACUUUCAGCAUCGUGGCAGGAUGCAGCCGGCGCUGGUGGCGUGGUUGGCCCUGAGCCUGCUGGCGGGGACAGGGGCUGAGGAGAUGUGUGGGGGCCACCCCGCCACCUCGUCCCGCUCCAUCCCUGCGCCCCAGCUCAGCCCCGAGGAGCAGCUCUCGCCCCACAUGCCUGAGUCCCUGCGCUGCGACGCCUGCCACGCCAUCGCCUUCCAGAUUGAGGAGCAGCUGCGCAGGGCAGAGGGCAAGGUGGGCAGGAAGGCGCUGAGCGAGUCUGACUACGUGGAGGUGCUGGAGAGGAGCUGCUCGCAGGGCUGGGAGAGCUAUGGCGUGCAGGAGCUGGACGGGGAGAAGCGGCUGGCGGGGCCGGGGCUGAUGAGACAGGAGCCCAUGACCGUGAUGGUGACGGGGGGACCCUGGCCGAGCAGGCUGUCCAAGAUGUGCCACGGCUACGUGGGCGAGCAGGGGGAGACCCAGAUCUACGGGGCGCAUCGGCGGGGCCCGGCCGCCCUGCGGGAGCUGCUCUGCCAUGGGGAGAAGGGGGCCUGCGCCGGCGGCAAGGCCGGGGGGCCAGCCCCCCCCAAGGCGAUGCAGAACGAGCUGUAGCCCCAAUGCGGUUAAUGCUUAAUGCCCCGGCGACCUUCGGAGCCGACUUCGUCCCCAGCAAGAACUGACACGUGCCGGGAGGUGGGCACCUUCCCGGUGUCGCCCGCCAUCGCGACCGUCCCUCGAUGCCCGGCUGUGCCAUGCCGGGAGGGUUUGGUGACAACCGGUGCCCCGUGCCACCGGACCCCCCGGGAGCCGGGAAUUACUCUGUAACCCACCGGCUCUAAUGUUUUACCAACGUGGUGCUCGUGGCGGCAGCGCCCUGGCCCCGCCGGUGGUGCCAGCUGUAAUUAAAGGAGUUAAUAGCUGA